AUGGUCGCUACUCUCACUCCCGACCAGUUGGCUACGAUGAACGAUAACAGGAACACUCUCAUCGUCGCCGUUUCCGUCGUGCUCAUAGUUCUCACCACCAUCGCAAUUGUUCUGAGGUUCAUCGCGCGCCGCAGCCGAUCUCUUCACAUCGGUGUCGAUGACUGGUUUGCGCUUGUAGCUUGGGUUAUUGCGAUACCCAUGUGCUCGCUGAACAUCACAAUGAUAAAAUGGGGUUUGGGGCGCCACGUUUGGGGUGCUGAUGUGCAAGUCCUUUGGAAGGUCGUUCAGACCACUUGGGCGUUCACACUGCUCUACGCAUGGGUUCAUUUCUUCAUCAAAUUCUCCAUCCUCUUCUUCUACCACCGCGUCUUCAGCUUCAGAAUUGCCUGGUUCAAAUUGGCCUGCUACGCCUGUGGAGUGUACGCAGUCUCAUGGACACUGGCUGCAUUCUUUGCUGCCGGCUUCCAGUGCUCACCAGUAUCAUUCUUGUGGACAUCUGUACAACUCAAUCCUCCAGCGAAUGGAAAGUGCCACCUUCAGAAUGGGCGAGCUGCUCUUGCCUUUGCUGCUCUGAACUCUCUGCUCGACAUCCUCAUCUUCAUUCUGCCAAUGGCUAUGCUCUGGAACCUGCACAUGAAAAGAGCACGAAAAUUGUCCUUGAUUGCCGUCUUUGCCACCGGCGCCUUCGCAAUCACGGCUGGUCUCCUCCGAUUGUCUAAUAGCUACCUCAGUAUCGAUCCCAAUGCUGACGUGACAUGGGUACUAGCCGACAUCAACCUCUGGACAAUCGCUGAAGCCUGCGUGGGAAUCAUUUGUGCAUCUAUGCCAGUCAUAGGUCCACUUUUCGGACUCGUAAAGGACAAUGUUCGAUCCUACCUCUCCAAACAGAGUCUGGAGAGUGGGACUCAUGGGAUCCCACUCUCUGGCAGGUCGGGUGAGUCUGGAUCAACAACACGGCUGGCUUCCUCACGAGGGUCGCACAACGAUAGCAUAUAUGCAUUGAAGCCGUAG